AUGGAUGUGCUCAAAUCUACAAAAUUUCCUUGUUGUUAAAAAUCUAUCUGCUCUACAUGUGAGAAUAUAUUUUGUCAGAAAUCCAAAUGUUUCUUUAAUAUCAAUUCCCAAUGUCAUUAUAAAUAUACAGAAUCAUUUCAAACAUUUGUACCAGAGCCUUCCUGUAAUGAAUUUAUUACAUUUAAUUAACUUAUGAAAACAAACAAAAAUAAUUUAGCUUAUGCUAAAAGAUUCUCUGUUUGGACAGUCAAAGAAAUCACAUACUUGAAAUUAGCUUAAGAAUUUAAUAUUCCUGCAAAUGUUAUAUUGAUUUUUAUUAAUAAUGAUGAAUUAGUGAAAAAAUAUAGCCAAUUAUAAUUAAGACUUCUAAUUUUGUUAACAUGA